GCCAUCGCCGGGACGCCGCGCCGCUCCGCGCCAUGUCGUCGCACAAGACGUUCAAGAUCAAACGCUUCCUCGCCAAGAAGCAGAAGCAGAACCGGCCCAUCCCGCAGUGGAUUCGCAUGAAAACCGGCAAUAAGAUCAGGUACAACUCCAAAAGGAGACACUGGAGGAGGACCAAGCUGGGCUUGUAAAGAGAGACUGUCCCGGGAGCUCUAAGGAACAUUGGUCUUUGUGUGUCGGAUCGAUAACACCCUCAAGUCAUUCCUUCUGUGGUGCUGGAGUGCAGUCCCCAGUGUGGGGUUUUUAUAAGCUGGUCUGGGAUGUUGAUGUUAACUGGGAAAUUCUUUGUAUCUGAAACAUGGAGACUGUGUUCUAUAGUGUUCUUUCAGGCAUCACCGUGAGCAUUGGCACUGCACAGGCUUACUAAUAAAUAUGGACCUGAACUA